GAUGAGACCUCUGACCGCCCCCUGACGACUGAUGACGUCACCCAUCAGCUGACCAUCAGGGGUUAGACAAACUCCGGUACUAGAGGGCAAUGACCUUGCGGUGGCACAGGAGGUAAAUUCCUGACCAGAAAAUAGCAUCUGCCUCAAUCGACAAAUAAAAGUUGUUCAUGCACCACCAUGAGUAAGAGGGUGUCCAUCGCCGCAGUUUUUGAGGAAGAGGAUGAUGAUGAUGCAGGGUCCGCACAGGAAGUCGUGACGUCGGCCAUGUCUGCCGUAGCCGGUAACGACUGUUUGGUAUGCGGAGAAAAAGCAUCAGGGUUCCACUACGGAGUCUUCAGCUGUGAGGGCUGCAAGGGGUUUUUCCGCCGAAGUGUGACCCGAGGCCAUGUGAAGGUCUGCAGAUGGGGGAACCAGUGCAGUAUGGACCUGUACACCAGGAGGAGAUGUCCCGAGUGUCGCCUCCGGUCCUGUAAGGCUGCUGGCAUGAGACCUGACUGUUUGCUCUCCCAGGCCCAGCGCAGGUCGAAAGCAAUGUGGCGGAAAAUCAACGAAAACACUCAUCCAGCAAAGACCACUGCUAGUGCUACUGCUAGUACUAGUACUACCGAGGCGUCUGCCGAUCAAGACCAACCAGAAGUGCCACCAACAAAUGAGAGUGCUGAAGAGCCAUCACCAAGGUUACCGGUGUGUCCUGACUCUAGCCCUAGCUGUCCCCAGCUCCAGGAUGUGUCAUCAUCCUCCGUUACUCUACCUUCCAUAGAACAAAGAGAGAUAAAGACUGAGAAAAUAUCUCUGCCUGCCAGGGAGGUAACAUCCUCAAGCAUGCCGACAGGCCCGCCCAUGACCAAACAAGCCUUUCACGCCUUUGCGGCCAAGGCUGGCAGAGACAUGAUGUCAUUUAUAUCUCUGUUGGCCCACGACCCCGAGAUCCUGUCCCAACCAAUCAAAGACAACAUCACUGACGUACCCCAUUGUACGGACAGCACGUCUGACCGCAGUCCAUCCUUGAGUAUCUCUCUUUCUUGCGCGGAUGCUGCUGCAUCAAAGCCCUCCACGUCAGCUGAAGGACUUUUGCCUGCUACAGCCAAUCAGAAUGUAGAACUGACCAAAUCACUAACCUGCAGGGCGUCACCUGUCCAGGGGAGUGACUCAUGCUCAGGAAUAACUGAUGUUGCCAGCGGUAGCACAGCAGGGAAAGAGGAUGAUGAUAAAGCAGCCCUUGUGGCUAGACGGGACAAAGGGCCUGCUUUUAUACAGCACCUUUCUUCACAAAAUCUGGCAAUCCUUUCAGAAAUUCUGGCAUUCAAGGAAAAAACUGUGGAGGAAGGACGUCGCAACAUGCUGAGAAUAUGGCAGGAAACCCAGGCUUGCAAGACGUUGGAGGAAAAACAGAUGGUCCAAGUACGGCAUAUGAAUGACGGGGUGGGGAAGGUCAUUGCCUUCAUCAAAACACUUCGAGGGUUCAAUGACCUUGCUGUUGAGGACCAGGUCGCUGUUGUAAAGGGGUCCAUUUUUGAGUACUUUUUGAUAAGGGUGUGUCUGGUCUUCAGAGAGUCUGGGUUGGGACUUCAGGACCUACAAGGGCUACUGUCUACCAUGUACACAGCAGAAUCCAUGACAACAUUUCAGAGGUGGUUUGAAGGCAUCUGGAGGUUGAACCUGGACCCAGUCACCAUGUACCUCCUCCUUACUGUGGUGGUGCUGUCACCAGAUCGCCCAAGAAUCAUGAACGUUUCCGACCUGGAGAAGUCGCAGGCACAGUACCUGGACUGUCUGCAGGCGUACUGUAAGGUGGCUUACCCCGACCAACCGCUGAUGUUCGCACGGCUCAUGGGCAAGCUGACGGAAGUGCGGCAGGUGGGCCUCAUGGUGGAGAGCUGUCUGAACACUGACUGUAAAGCCAUCAUCAAGAAACAACCUGUCUUACCAGAGAUCUGGGACCAGGACUAGUCUCUAACUAAUCUCCAAGCAGAUCUAUCAAGGACAAAGACAGUAUAUAAGGGCUUUGUUUUUCAGUUGGGCACAGUUCAGUCCUUGUAUACUGUCUUUACCCUUGUUAAAACUGCUUGGAUUUUACUGUUGCUAGUCCACAGCAAUGGAACUCUUGGUUAUCGGGAUCUCCUGUCAUUUUUUUUUCUGAUUUGAAAAAGGAAAAAGAUCAAAUGUACUGUAGAUUAAUUUUACGUUGGAAGGGACUUGAUUUUGUGGUAGGGAAUAAGAAUUCACAGUUUGUAUUGGUUACAAUGUGGUGAUUUCAUGGUAGGGAGAUCCUUGUGAAAACUGGUAACCCUAAAUGUUUCAAAAUUUACAGUUCCAUUCAGGCUAUGUACCUUUACAACCCAAGUCUGUGUGUUCAUAGUUGGUAACAAUUUCCAUUUCUUUAUGUCACGAGGUUCAGCUUUUUAUCAAGAUUAGAUUAUAUAGUUCCGGUGAAUGUCAUGGACAAUACACAUACAUGCACACACACACUUACUAUCCGGUUUAUUGUCAGUUACUUCCUGAAGACUCAAAAAUGUUUGCCUUAUGUAAAAAAAAGAACCACAUUUUGGGUAUUGAUGGUCUUUGAUACUAACUACAAUGUAUGUGCUAUUGGCUUUUGGGAACUCUAUUCUCAGAUUUUUAGAAUAUUGUAGAGAAAGAGCUACUGUAGUUUAUAUAGUAGGGAAAACAAAUGAUUUUCAGUUGUGCUAUUGUCUGCCAUACUGGAUGGUUAGACCUGGAAGUUACUAGUACCAGGUGAAUUUGAGUUUGAUUUGCAUAAAUUACAUGUAAUCCUGACAUUAGACAGAUAUGCAAAUUUUAAGUCUGACUCUUCUAGCAUGCUGGCUGUGGGUUAGGUGUUGUCAUAUAUCAUACUGUAUUUCUCUUGUUUACUUUCUAACAUAUACAGUUUAUAAAGGGUUUUCAUAUCA